AUGAAAAAGGAAGUUUUUAAAUGUUUAAAUACAAGUAAGAAUAUAUUACAGAAGACAUUUCAGGAUGUUAUUAAUAAAAUAUUUUUGUAUAUAAAGAAUGUAUUUUUAAAAAAAUAUUUUAUAUUUUUCCUUUUCUAUAUAAUAAAUAUUAAUUGUGAUGCAUUAGUUGGCCAAAUUGAUGACCCAUAUAUAUUAAAUAAUUAUAACUUAAAGGAGAAUGCUUCACCUGCUAUUUAUAACCUGAAAUAUGAGGAAAUAGAAAUACCAAAUACUGAUGGCAUUAAAGGUUGGUUAAUAAGAUCAAAUAAAAAAACAAAUAAGUUAUUUUUAUUAUUACACGGAUACAAUAGUAACAGACAGGCAUGCUUAUUCUUUUUAAACAUAUUAAAGAAAUUGAAUGUCCAUAAUGAUACUAAUAUAUUUAUACCAGAUAUGAGAAAUUUCAACGAAAGAGGAGUUGACGAUAUAUAUAACAUAUUAAGGCAUUUUAAAGACAACAUGUCCUUAAAUGAAGUAAAUGUAUACACCCAAUCCUCAACAAAUCUUCUUGUUCUUUUAUUAUCAAAACGUUAUAAAAAUAAAGUUGUAAGUAAGUCAAAGACGAAUUUAAUGGGAAAUAUUAUAGCGUAUAGUAACGACAAAAAAACAAUUACUAGUCAGGAAAAGGCAGGAAGUAACACCGAAAACACCAAUGCUAAUACUAAUAAUAAGAGCAAGGCAGAUAAUAAAAGUCCCGCCAUUAAUAAUGAUAAUGUAAUUUAUAUAGACAAGUAUAUAUUUGAUUCGCCAAUAUUAAAUUUACACCGAACAAUUAAUGUUCACUUUAAAUUAAAUGAUAUUGAAAAAAGAAUCAACGCCGAAAAAGCAAUGCUAAAUGCUGAUGGAAGUAAUAUGUAUGAUAGAAGAAAUGUAUUGAGCUACCUUAUGUCUUUUUUCAUGUGGCUAUUAAAUAAUCAAUUAAAAGGGCAUUUGUAUGAUUUCAAUUUUAAUAAAUUAUUAAAUGAAAAUGAUAUCAACCCAUCGAACAUAUACAUUUUACACUCGGUUAAUGAUAACAUUUCUUUAGUGGAUAUAUUAUCAUCUGAAGUAAAACAAAACAGAUUAAUAUCAUUAAAAAAUAUUUAUAUAUUUAAAAAUGGAAUGCACGGAAAUAUACAUGAGGCAUCACAAGCAGAGUAUAGUUUAAUAAUUAAAAGAAUUCUAAAGGGAUUUAAUAUUUUCGACUUCCUUCGAUAUAUACCCUUAAAAUCAAAAAUGAGUUCUCUGAGUUUUUGA